AUGUCAACAAAAGCAAUUGCACCUAAAAAGAUCGAAAUGUACGAGAAGACGGUGCGGAUGUUCAGAGACUACGACAAGUUCAUGUUUCUGAACCUGCAGAAGGUGCUUUCCACGCAGUUCAAGAACAUCAAGAACGAGUUUCCUGAUGACGUGGAAUUCCUGUUUGCCAAAAACAAAAUCAUGAGAAAGGCCCUCUCAGAGAACUUCACUGAGAAGAAAUACGCCCAGAUUGCUGAUCAAAUCAAGGAGAACGUGAUCAUUGCAUUCUACAAGGAGGACUCCACUGCCACCCAAAUGUACGAAACGUGCCAGAAAUUCAGGCGAAAUGCGUACGCCCGUUUUGGAGACAGGGCCAUUGAGGACGUGAUUGUUCCAACUGGUUCAACUGGCCUAGGCCCAGACCAAAUCCAGCUCUUCCACGCUGCUCGAAUGAACACGAAGAUGGUGAAGGGGAAGAUCGAGAUUGCUGUUGCCCACAAACUUGUUGGAGAAGGAGAAGUUGUUGGAAUAUCUGAGGCCAAUCUGCUUGCCAAGUUGAAUAUCAUGCCAUUCAACUACGGUCUAUCCAUUCUGAGGGUCUUUGAAGGAGACGAGUCCUUUGGCCGUGACGUCCUGGCUGUCUCUGACGAACAGAUUGAGAUGGCCAUGGCUGACUCAAUUGCAAUGGUAGCCUGCGUCUCUCUUGGAACCGACACAGUCACCGAUGCAUCUGUGCCAUACGAAAUCAUCGGUGCAUCACAGGAGAUCAAGAAGGUGGCAGCAGGUGUAGACUACGACGUGGCAGUGAUAUAG